CUAGAGAAGCGAAGGCAACAAGCGCUAAACGAAGCGAUGAAGAAUUUCCAGCAGCAUAUUCAAUCAGUUCAAAAUCUUGAAGUAUUUGCUGAAUAUGAAAAGUUUUUGUCGUUUGAUGACAAAAAGAAUGUCGAUGAUAAGUGUUUCGAAUUAAACAAAUUUUUGAGCACAAAUCAGGAAGAUCUUGACAUCAACCACUUGAAAGGGAAAAGAUUGGAAUUUGAGAAAUUUGUUGCAAGUAUGUUGAAAUCUCUGAAGCAAAGACAUGGGGCCAUAGGAGCGGGAAAGCAACAGCAAGCAAAUAAAGAAACAAAGCUGACCGGGGAUCGUGAUAAUCUCAUAAAAUAUCUAGAUUCAAUUCGGCAGAUGUGUGAAUCAGAACAAAUUGCUGGAACUGAAUAUAAAGAUACACUGAAGGCCUUAUACAAUGAAACUCAAGAAUGGCUCCAAUCUGAAGAGAUAUCAGCAGAAUCGAUCCAAACUAAGCACGAGGAGUUGCAAGUUACUGUGCAGGAAAUCAAACAAAGUAUGAGCCAAAUGAAACAGAAAAAUGAAGCAGAAGAAAGUCUUCGACAAAAAGCAUUCGACAACAUGUGCAAUUACAUUGACGAAGUUCAAACAAAGAUCGCAACUGAUGAGGAAAACGAUGAGUUUACGAGACCGCAUAUCAAUAGGAUUACAGAAAGCUGCGAAAUAGUAUUGGAGUGGGUUAAAAAAAAUUAUGAUCGAAUUACAUCCGAUACCAUUAUAUCAGAGCAGCGUAAUCUACGAACAACGAUUGAGGAUAUUUAUGAUAAAAUGCAAGCAAGUAAAAUUGAGGCAGAAGAAAUAUUUCGACAGCAAGCCCUAACUGCUGUACAUGAUUACAUUGACGAUGUUCGUAAAAGUCUGGAAGCUGAAAGAGAAACGGACAAAACAAUCGUCCAGUGCAUUGAUACAAUAUACAAGCAUUGCACGAAUGUAUUCAAAUGGACUAAUGAAAAUUAUCAUCAAAUCACUGGCGGAAGAAUUUUAUCAGAAUUUGAUAACUUACAGAAAAAUGUCAAUGAUAUUUUUAAUGUGUUACAAGCCAGAAAAAUAGAGGUUGAAGCUGAGCGUGAACGACAGCGAGCAGAAACGAUUAGAAAACGCGCAGAUGUAAUCAACAAUCUCCGAGCAUACAUUUCUGAUGUCAAAUCGCUGGUUGUAUUUGAAAAUUUUAAGAACAGAUUUGCUGAAGAAGAUUUGAGAUUAAUAUUUGGCCAAUGUGACAUUGCAGAAAGACAUAUUAAGGAGAAUUCAGAUACGAACCAACUAGAAGUCCAAUAUUCAGAUCUACGUAAACUAACUGAACACGUGUACAAAAAGUUGGAACAAAUUGACGCGUUAGAAAAAGCUGAGUUGGCAAAGAGGCAAGCCGAAGAACGCAGAAAGAAAUCUGAAUUGUCUCAAAAACUGAAGAGUUACAUCGACCGUGCCCGACGUCUUAUUGUGUUUGAACCUCUCACGCAUAGAUUGACGAAAAGUGAUAAAGCCAAAAUUCAUUCUGAAUGCAUCAAAGCUGACCAUUUCUUGCUUGCGGAAAACCUAACCUCCUUUGAAAGUGAAAGAAAGCGUAAGGAACUAGAGGAAUUGGUUCAAAAUAUUUACAAAAAGUUGAAAACGAGGGAAGAGAUUGCAAACAAAUGCAAAGAUGAUCUAGUAGAAUGGAACAAAGCAGAAGGAGAUUUAUGCAAUCGUAUAAAUUACUGGAAACAAUUUGUAACUCGCAACAGAAGGAAAGAUAAACUAACGGACAAGUAUUUGAAUAGAAUAGUUGAGAUAUGCACGGAUGCAGAACAAUGGCUUCUGGUUUCCUAUCAAAAGAUUUCACGUAACGAACUCAUUGAUAAACGUUUCAGUUUAGAAACCGAUGCCUGUAAUAUCUGGAAAAGUCUGCAAGAUGAGAAACAGAAUGACGACUUUGGGAGAUCACCUGAUACAAGAUAUUUCUCACACCCAGAAGAUAGCAUAACAGCUCUUUUAAAAUUUGCACGACUUGCUAGAAGAAAAAUUCACAGCCAUGUUUAUAAAACCCAAAUUCCGGAUUCCGACAGAAACAAAAUAAUAUCCAAAUACAAUGAAGUCAUCGAAAGAGUAUGGACCAAAGAGAGGGCAGAAAUAGAACUAAUGGAAUUCAAGCAACUUUGCAUAAAGGUUUUCAAAGCAGUUGACGAAAAGGCUGACCCUCAACGCAUUGACAUUGAAAGACGCUGGUACUACUGAACGAGAACGACAACAAAAUUGAAUAAUUCGGCUUUGUAUUAUCUUGCUAACUUCACAGAAAAAUAACUAAUAUUUAUACCAUUAAGAUAUAUCAUCUAUGUUUGUUUCAGUUCCAAUAUAUCUGUAUAUAAUCAGUCAAAUUCUAGUAUAUAUAAUAUAUAUACAUCUUUAUUAUCAGUAUUUUCUACCAUAUUUUAACGUGAUUUUGACAAUUUGCUC